AUGGAACACCAAGCCAAGGCGCCGCCCGAGCUAAAAAAAGUCGCUCAAUUUCUGCGGAGUGGGGAGGCUGGAAUGAAGGUUAGGGUCGGUGCACUGAAUGGAAAGCGGGUAGAUUAUUUCAAAGGAAAGUCUGCAGUAAAGGCACUUCUUUCACCGGCAUACCAGAAGAAAAAGGGGAUGCCGACGAUAGGCAACGAAGAGGAAGCCAAGACUGUACUGCGCGCCGUCAACUCUUUUGCUUUUUUCCUUCUUGUCCAGCGUGGCGGGCCGUCAGGUUCCUCGUCGUCAUCGCCGAAAAGCAUGCAAAUCAUCCAAGAGCAGCGAUUCGCGCCCGACGAGUACUACGCAUGGUUCUAUGCUGGAUCACAGUGGACGACCUAUGCCGGAGGAGCGGCAAUGGUUGCGAUUAUGCUCGCCGGUGUCAUGUUUCCCUUGUGGCCGCCAAUCAUGCGAUUGGGCGUUUGGUAUCUCAGCAUUGGGAUGCUCGGUCUCAUAGGCCUCUUUUUCAUCAUUGCCAUCCUACGACUCAUAUUCUACAUCAUCACCGUCAUCGUCGCCAGUCCAGGCAUUUGGAUAUUUCCGAAACUGUUUGCUGAUGUUGGAUUCGUUGAAUCAUUUAUACCUUUGUGGGAGUGGGACAUUCCGAAGAAGAAGUCCAAGAAGAAGAAGAGCGAGAAGGGAGAAAAGUCCGACAAAGGGAAAACUAAAGCCUCAAGCAAUGGCAGUACUGCUGAGAUACCCGCCGAGACGUCCGAUACUUCACCCUCCUCUGCUAGUCGAAGAACAAAGAUUGAAGAGGUGGAGGAUGACGAUGAUGCAUAG